GUCAGAGACAGAUGAGUGCCUGUCCAGCACGACUCCGGUGGACGGCCCCAGAGUUGCUGACCCAUCCUCGCUCAAAGGAGGGGGAGGGCAGUGUCAUCACUCCCGCCUGUGAUGUCUACUCAUUCGGUUUGGUCAUGUGGGAGAUGGUCAUGUGUAAGGACCCUUUUGACGAAGUUGUUCUAGAAACAGAG